UUACCUACCACAGAAUAGUAUGUUUGUUUUUUAUUUUGUUCAUCUCAUCCGUGUUGUGACCUUAUCUACAAAAGAUCUGUUAGUUCCACUAUCAAUUAUAUUGUGAAAAACUUUAGUAUAUAAUUUAGGUUGCACCUGUAUUUAUUUCAGAUGAAUAAGUAGUAUGGACAUAACAUCUAUUCUGGUUCCCUCUGUCCAAGAGUUAGCAAAAGAACAGUUGACCAAAGUUCCAGAACGAUAUGUUCUUCCAGAUCAUGAAACUGUUGUAUUAUCUAACACUACCUCUUCACCCCAAGUUCCUGUCAUUGACCUUGCCGAAUUGUUGUCCCAAGAUAUUAAUCUCAAGAGACAUGAGUUAGAGAAGCUACACUAUGCUUGCAAAGAAUGGGGUUUCUUUCAGCUGGUUAAUCAUGGAAUAAGUACUUCCUUGGUGGAAGAUAUGAAAAAAGGAGCUAAAACUUUGUUUGAACUUUCAAUGGAAGAAAAGAAGAAUCUAUGGCAGAUAGAAGGAGAGAUGGAGGGAUUUGGUCAGUCCUUCGUUUUAUCUGAGGAACAGAAACUAGAAUGGGCAGAUACUUUUUUCUUGAGCACUCUACCUCCUCACUUAAGGAAACCCUAUCUAUUCAACCAAAUCCCCCAAUCAUUCAGAGAAAAUUUAGAGGUGUAUUCUGUAGAGUUGGAAAAACUUGCCAUCAAAGUCAUCGAACUUAUGGCAAAUGCUCUUGCAAUAAAUCCCAAGGAAAUGACAGAGUUGUUCAACAUAGGAACUCAAAUGGUAAGGGUGAAUUAUUAUCCUCCAUGCCCCCAACCCGAGCGAGUCAUUGGCCUAAAAUCUCAUUCUGAUGCUGGUGGCCUAACCAUCCUUCUUCAAACCAGUGAUAUAGAUGGCCUUCAAAUAAGAAAGGAUGGACAGUGGAUUCCUGUCAAACCCCUGCCUAACGCUUUCAUCGUUAAUAUCGGAGACAUGUUGGAGAUUAUAACAAAUGGAAUUUACCCAAGCAUUGAGCAUCGAGCAACAGUUAAUUCGGAGAAGGAGAGGAUUUCGGUAGCUGCUUUUUAUGGCCCUAACAUGCAAGCAAUGUUAGCUCCGGCACCAAGUCUUGUUACUCAAGAAAGACCAGCACAGUUUAGAAGAAUCAGUGUUGUAGAUCACUUCAAUGGCUACUUUUCACAAGAGCUCCGUGGAAAAUCAUAUUUAAAUGAAAUGAAGAUCACAAAGAGUGAAGAAUAAUAACAACUCUUUUGCUAAACAGUCAAGGAAUUGGUUGGAAAGUGAAUAAUUAAGCAUACUGGUAAUAAUAAAUUAUUCUACUUAAACUUAAUUAACAGUAGUAUUGUAUAGACUGGAUUGAUGAUGAGCAAAGUGUGCAUGUCACAACUUUUAUAUAUAAAUAAAAAAUAAAUGAAACUUUCUCAUUCUUUCUUUUUA